AGCAAAUAGAUUUAGGCCCAUGACUUUCACAUUCAGCUCUGUUGAUGAAUCUUGGGGUCACAGUAAAAACAAUACAGACCUGAGAAAUCCAAAGCCCAAUGACCACCAGUAUACCCAAUAGCAUGUGCAUUCCAGCUGCCAUAUAAGCACAUGCCCAUCAAAGAUCAAGUACCUGGCUAUGGUUUAAGUUUCUUCUUUCCUAAACUGAACACUACCUAACCUUUACAAAGUAUAUCGUGUUUUGUAGAAAGGAGAUCUUCAGGAAGUGUAUUAGUCCAAUUGCUAUUCAUUUAAGGACAAGAUAUGGAUCUCAUUCCAUUCCAUUCAUCAUUCUGCUAUCAACUUGAACAGACUCCAGCAUUAACCCUUUGGGAUGCCAACCCCUGUCAUGUUGUAUAAAAGCAACCUGUCACCCUUCUUACACGAUAUGGAGGCCCAUGCCAUCAAUUAUUAAAUAAUUCCGAUUUCCCUGAAACAGAUAUGUAAUUGCAGGCUCUUUUAAUAUAAAUCUGUGUCUUUAAAUUAAACAUUUAUGCUGAAUAUACAAUAGACAGAAAAACAUGGGGCUACGUCCAGCUCUAAUGAAAGUUUAAUUGUAAUGUGACAGUCUUGAGUUUACAGUAGGCGCAGAGUGGAGAUAGAAAAAGAACUGAGCUUCCUGCUAUUCAAACCCAAGUUCAGAACACUUUAUCUAGAUGCUUAUAUAAAGAGAAUGAGCAGGAGAGUAGACUUCUAUAUACUGGAGACUUGACUUUGAAUGUUUACUUAACGCUGUGUUCUGCAGUAUACAAAUGGACAAGGAAACAUUGGAUGAUCCACAGAGCCUGAAACACAUGGAACUCGAAGAGAUAACCAGCAAAAUAUCAGAUCUAGACAAGUGGAGGAAGAUAUUUAGUUUUCAUGGGUUGGAAAUCAGUCAUCCUACCCCUCAGAAGUGCCAAGACCACAAACUGGACGAUGAGAAAGAAGAUGCAGCUGGAGCAUCUCAAACUACUACUGCCCUAACACACAGCCGGUUUCCAUCCAAUAUUCUUUAUUCAAUCCCCAAAGCUCUCAUUGUCUCAUCGAACCUCGGCGGGCAGCCCAUCACACUGGAAAUGGCUGCGGCUCUACGAAGAAUGUUAUUUGGAAGCACAUUUCAAGUCUUCAGCUAUGACUGGAAACGAUCGUAUUUCAGAUUCCAUGAUCCACAUACAGACUUGGCCUAUGCUUUAGUGACAGAUAAGGGAGGAGCAGCAGCAGUUCAGAUGGCUGUUCAGGUGAACAUCAUUAAAUACUUAUUAUUUGUUCGAAACCAAGAGGAAAAUGUACAACUUCAAAGUUUAUGUGAAAUCAGCCAAAAGGAUCAAGAAAAGGCUCUUUCAGCAGCUUUGGCAGAUAUUCUGUGGACAGCAGGAGAAUAUCAGAAAGCCACUGUCUGCCUUGUUACUAGUGACACCUAUUUUACUCCAAGCAAAGACUUCGAACUCGAUCACUUUACUGAAAGUGUCCAACUAUUUGACUUCUUUGAGAAAGACACAACCCAGCAGUUUCUCUAUGAUCAUAUACACUGUAUGAAAUGGGAAGGAAGCCAUGGAGUGAUCUUAUUUCUUUAUAGUUUACUUUUCUCAAGAACGUUUGAAAGGCUUCAGAAAGAUCUAGACUUCACUACAACUCAUUUGUUGCAGUGCCGGCUUGGAAACUUCAUCUGUCGACAAGCACUUCUGAACAUAAUUUUAACAGGCAGAGCUAGUCCGCACGUGUUCAAUGGCUCCCAAAGGCUGGACAGUGAAGGCAACAUGCAAAAGGUACUACAUGGAGUCUCCUCCCGUAGUGACGUGGGCUACUUACACUGGAGCAAGGAAGAGGUGGAACAUUACAGACUUCUACAGGUUGGAAGUAUGUUGAAGACCCCCAAAUUGCCUAUAUGGCUGUGUAACAUCAAUGGAUCGUACAGUGUUCUUUUCAGCACUAACAGAUUACUCUUGUCUGACUGGAAAAUGGAACAUCUCUUCGACUUAUAUUUUUAUAAUGGGCAUCCCUCAAAGAAGAGAACGGUGCAUUUGACAAUAGACACUCACUCUCAUCACUGGGAAGGAAACCACUGUGACGAGGUCAGUGAUGCAGACAAAAGAUUCCCUUCAGUGGAGAUGGCCAUCCGAACUAAGUGGGAGGGUGCUGCCAUCAACUGGAAUGGGACCGUCCCGUUCUUCUAACAAAGGUGACUAUGGACAUGGAUGCAGACUUGAAUCCAUCACCUCCUUUCACAUGAACCCUGAAACCUAAAGGAGGGAAGGAAAAGGAACAGUGGGGAUCUGAUCAGGAGGAAGUUCUGAACAGCGUAAUAAAACUGCUACCUUUAAUUUCAUUUACAUUAUAAAGUGAGUGUAACUUUGUGCUUAUGAUAAGCAAAAGACAACUCACAACACAUAAAUAUGUGAAUAUUACCAAGAAUUACAGCUGUUUCUGCCAAUUGUGAAGUUACAUCUUGGAAUGAUGCUUCCUGUGAAAUGAUUGAGUACAAGUAUUUUAUAGUU